CGUCACAUUAUUUUGGGGGCGUGUGCAAUGAUCUGCUGUCACGCCCAUUGCAUGUGUACCUGUGCCAGUACCUGUGCCAUGCCAAUGGCUCUGAAGAAUGAUCUUACAGCUUUAGGAUGGCACCUCUCCCCAGAGGGUCUGGUCAAGUGUCAGGAGGUCUGCAAGGAGAAGGGAUGGACUCUCAAUGUUACAAACAUUGUCAAAGUCGCUCUAGAUAUGGAUCUUCGUACUGUUGGAGAUAACUCCCUACCAGUUGAUGUUGUACGCUCCAUGACUGGGGAAGUGGUGGGCCCCCUAGUGCUCCAGAUACAGAAAGUGAAGAACGUAGCGAUGCCCUCUAACAAGCAGCACCUGCCCUCACCCAGCAGGAGGAUGCUUAGGCUCCAACUCACCGAUAGUGGUGAGUACAUGAGUGCUAUAGAGAGCGAUGGAGCUAUCGACAAACUAAGUCCAACGACUGCUCCCGGUACAAAACUCAGACUAAAGGGCAACGUGAGGGUGGUCAAUGGGUUCCUCCUACUGACCAGAGGGGGAGUGGAGGUGCUCGGUGGACAGGCUGAAACUCUGCUCAAGAAAUGGAACCUCAAUAAGGGAAUGACUGAUAUCAGCCGUAGCAGAACUGGCACGGCUAGUGGACCCCCUCCCUUUGUCCCAUUAAGAGACAACCAUGGGAAGAGCAAUAGCAGAGACAAUCGUCCCACUAGCAAGCAGACAAAUGAACUCAGCAAAACUACUAACACUCGUAAGCUCACACAACAAAACCAACAGGAUCCUGAUAAACCAACUCGUACCCAAAUGGACAAACCUGCAGAAAGAUUACAGCGAAAACCCGACAGAAAACCUGAAGCUAGCUUCACCAAUAAAUUACCAACUAAACAAGAGGAUGCGACAAGGCGACCGAGACAAGAUAGAGGCAGGCAACGAGAAGAUGAUGAUGAUGAGUAUCAGCCCAGCACCAGACCAACAGGAGACUAUCAACUUGCAGACUGGUUUGGCAAAAAACUUAAACUGAGCGACAACAAGACGUCCAACUGGGAAGAUGCAAUAACAUACGAUGCAAUGGCCGAACAGCUAGAAACUUCAUCACUAACCACAAAUCACUCCCAUCAGCACCACUACAGAAAUGAUGCAUACAGCAGGAGAGGCAAUGAAACACAGGUACGCGAGGGAACAAGAUAUCACCGCGGUAGAGACAGACAAGAAAGAACAGAUGGUUUUGAACGAGCUAUGCGUGCACCGAAUGAAAGGUCUCAUCGUUCACAACAAAGUGAGUAUCCAGGGACGACCAACGAGAGCACCAGACCAACAGGAGACUAUCAACUUGCAGACUGGUUUGGCAAAAAACUUAAACUGAGCGACAACAAGACGUCCAACUGGGAAGAUGCAAUAACAUACGAUGCAAUGGCCGAACAGCUAGAAACUUCAUCACUAACCACAAAUCACUCCCAUCAGCACCACUACAGAAAUGAUGCAUACAGCAGGAGAGGCAAUGAAACACAGGUACGCGAGGGAACAAGAUAUCACCGCGGUAGAGACAGACAAGAAAGAACAGAUGGUUUUGAACGAGCUAUGCGUGCACCGAAUGAAAGGUCUCAUCGUUCACAACAAAGUGAGUAUCCAGGGACGACCAACGAGAGACACGGGACUCACAGAGACAACAGAACACAUAUACAUAAUGCUCGAGGCAACAGAACUCACAAUGAAAGAGGCAGCAGAACACACUAUGAUCGAGGCAAUAAAACACAUUAUGAUCGAGGCAAUAGAACACAUUAUGAUCGAGAUAAAGGAGCCUCUUAUGACAGGCCAAAGUAUCACACUACAACAACCACUGCUCACACUGAUGAUCGAGGCAAUAGAACACACUAUGAUCGAGGUAAAGAAGCCUCUUAUGACAAGCCAAAGUCUCACACUAUAACAACCACUGCUCACACCAAUGGCAAGCAACAACAAACAGACAAACAGUAUGGCGGCCCUGACGGUGAUAGCAGAAAACCAUACCUACCGCAGGAGUCAAGCAGACAACAAGAACAAUGUUAUCAGCCCAAACGAAAAGAAGAGGCCCCCGUCGUUAAGGAGGUGUGGAUGCAAUCAUCAGCGUCAUCUAGUGAUCAUUGGGACUGGUUGGGAUCUACCACGACCGCUGUACCCUUCUCUGCCAAACGACAGAACUGAAUUAAAUUUAAACUAUUAAUUAGUCUUGUUUAUACAUAAUUAUUAUGUUAUGUAGCACAACAAACAGUCAACAAG